AUGUCGACAUUUUCAUCCGUACUGGUCGCCAAUGAAUGCGACAUGACCACCCCUCUCGUCGACAGCCAAGGCUUUCCACGCGCCGAUAUCGACGUCGCUGGCGUGCGGACCGCCCGAGCCAACAUCAUCAUGCUCCGCAACGAUCUGAGCCAUCUGCAAAUCCAAAUCGAACAGCUCGUGCUCCGAGAGCUGCCUCGGCUUCACGAUUCGGAAUCCACGAGCGCCGGCGCCAUCGAUAUCGUUCCUGCCACGCCCAGUCGCUCGCACGCUUUCGCCCGAAUCGACCGAGUCUUUCCCGGGGGGCCAGCGCAUGCGGCCGUAAGUGAGACGAGACGGCCUAGAGGUUGAUGUACCCAAGUAGCGGUCGGUCCCUGACUCGAAGUUCGCUUGACCCGUCACCAUACAGGGAAUCAAGACAGAUGACCUUCUGCUCCGCAUUGGCGACAUCGAUGCGUCCAAUCACAACAGCCUUCAGGACGUUGCCAUGCUGGUCUCGGCCUCAGAAGACGUCGUCUUGGACGUUCGGAUCAGGAGAGCCAAUCGCGACAUUUCGCUUAGCCUGGUACCACAGAAGGGUUGGGGUGGUAGAGGACUGCUCGGGUACGUUGUGCGCAGCACGCAACCUGAGGCUAUGCUAGUCCGAUGCGAUCUGACUCAUACGAGGUAG